AUGCUUCGAACAACUAGAGCUGUGACGCUGAAGGCGUCUGGAGCUUCUUCUCUUCUCAGACAGUCGUCGUGUACGCGUUCGAUAUGUUCUGCAGCAAGGUCGAAUCUCUAUCUGGCUGGCCGGAGGCCUCUGGGCGUGGCGUGCACCAGGCAAUCCUGGAAGCAGGCCAGAAGUUACGCUGUUGCUACUGGCGAGAACAGCAAAGGAGUGGAUCCAAAUGAUUCAUUCCUUCAGGGCAACACCGCCAACUACAUCGAUGAGAUGUACAUGGCCUGGAAGGAGGAUCCCCAGAGUGUCCAUGUCUCGUGGCGCACCUACUUCCACAAUAUGGAGGAGGGUAAGAUGCCCAUCUCGCAAGCCUUCCAGCCUCCACCCACGAUUGUUCCUACCCCAACCGGCGGUGUCCCUCAGCAUAUGCCCGGAAACGCUGCCGGAACCAACGUCUCGAACCAUCUGAAAGUUCAGCUGCUUGUCCGCGCAUACCAAGCCCGUGGCCAUCACAAGGCAAAGAUCGACCCUCUCGGCAUCCGUGGCGAGGCAGAUUCUUUCGGAUACAGUAAACCAAAGGAGCUCGAACUGUCGCAUUAUGGCUUCACCGAGAAGGAUUUGGAUGAAGAGUUCGCUCUUGGACCUGGAAUUCUCCCGCGUUUCGAGUCUGAGUCGCGCAAGAAGAUGACUCUCCGCGAGAUUAUCGACGCCUGCGAAAAGAUCUACUGUGGCUCCUUCGGUGUGGAAUACAUCCACAUUCCUGAUCGUGUUCCUUGCGAUUGGAUCCGCGACCGUAUCGAAAUUCCACAGCCCUACAAGUACUCCGUGGACGAGAAGCGCCGCAUCCUUGACCGUCUGAUCUGGAGUUCUAGCUUCGAGUCUUUCUUGGCUACCAAGUUCCCCAACGACAAGCGAUUCGGUCUGGAAGGUUGUGAGACUUUGGUCCCUGGUAUGAAGGCCUUGAUUGACCGAAGUGUCGACUACGGAGUCAAGGAUAUCGUUAUUGGUAUGCCUCAUCGUGGUCGAUUGAACGUCCUCAGUAACGUCGUUCGCAAGCCCAAUGAGUCCAUCUUCAGCGAGUUCAGUGGUAGCGCAGAGCCUUCCGACGAGGGCUCCGGUGACGUCAAGUACCAUCUCGGUAUGAACUUCGAGCGUCCAACUCCCUCCGGAAAGCGUGUCCAGCUUUCUCUUGUUGCCAACCCUUCCCAUUUGGAAGCCGAAGACCCCGUUGUGCUUGGAAAGACACGUUCCAUCCAGCACUACAACAACGACGAGAAAGAAUUCAACACCGCCAUGGGUGUCCUUCUCCACGGUGAUGCUGCUUUCGCUGCCCAGGGUAUCGUUUACGAGACCAUGGGUUUCCACGCGCUGCCUGCCUACUCUACCGGAGGAACAAUCCACAUCGUUGUCAACAACCAGAUCGGUUUCACCACUGAUCCUCGUUUCGCCCGAUCUACCCCAUACUGUUCUGAUAUCGCCAAGGCCAUCGACGCCCCUGUCUUCCACGUCAACGGAGACGACGUUGAAGCCCUUAACCACGUCUGCCAAUUGGCCGCUGACUGGCGUGCCCAGUUUAAGAGCGACGUCGUUAUUGACAUCGUCUGCUACCGUAAACAAGGCCACAACGAAACCGAUCAGCCCGCCUUUACCCAGCCCCUCAUGUACAAGCGCAUUGCUUCGCAGCAGAGCCAAAUUGACAAGUACGUCGAUAAACUCUUGAAGGAAAAGACCUUCACCAAGGAAGAUAUCGAUGAGCACAAGAAGUGGGUUUGGGGAAUGCUCAACGACAGCUUCGACCGCAGCAAGGACUACACUCCAACCAGCAGAGAAUGGCUCACUUCAGCAUGGAACGGAUUCAAGACGCCCAAGGAACUCGCUACUGAGGUCCUUGCCCACCCCCCCACCGGUGUUGAAGCUGAAACCCUCCAGAUGAUUGGCGCAAAGCUUGGAAGCACCCCUGAAAACUUCAAUCCUCACCGCAACCUGAAGCGUAUCCUGAGCAACAGGGAGAAGUCCAUCAGGGAAGGUGAAAACAUCGACUGGUCUACUGCUGAGGCUCUUGCGUUUGGUACUCUGUGUAACGAAGGCCACCAUGUUCGUGUAUCCGGUCAGGAUGUUGAGCGUGGUACUUUCUCGCAACGUCACGCCGUUCUGCAUGACCAGGAGAACGAGAGCACCUACACUGCUCUGCAGCACAUUAGCCCUGACCAAGGAUCCUUCGUCAUUGCUAACUCGUCUCUCAGUGAAUACGGAGCUCUUGGUUUCGAAUAUGGCUACUCCCUGACCUCGCCCAAUGCCCUCGUCAUGUGGGAAGCCCAAUUCGGUGACUUCGCCAACAACGCCCAAUGUAUCAUCGAUCAGUUCAUUGCCUCCGGUGAGAGCAAAUGGGUCCAGCGAUCUGGUCUCGUUAUGUCUCUGCCUCACGGAUACGACGGUCAAGGUCCCGAGCACUCUUCCGGCAGACUUGAACGUUAUCUCCAGCUCUGUAACGAAGAUCCUCGCGUGUACCCAAGUGCCGACAAGAUAGACAGACAGCACCAGGACUGCAACAUGCAGAUUGCCUACAUGACCUCCCCCGCAAACUUGUUCCAUAUCCUUCGCCGACAGAUCAACCGCCAAUUCCGAAAACCAUUGAUUAUCUUCUUCUCGAAAUCCCUCCUCCGCCACCCAUCCUGCCGCUCCUCCAUCGAGGAGUUCACCGGCGACUCUCACUUCCGCUGGAUCAUCCCUGAUGACCAGCACGGCAAACAGAUCAAUGAGCCCGAGAACAUCGAGCGUGUGAUCAUGUGCACUGGUCAAGUCUGGGCUGCCCUGACCAAACACCGUGAAGCCAACGGUAUCAAGAACACCGCCAUCACGCGUAUUGAACAAAUGCACCCCUUCCCCUGGCAACAGCUGAAGGACAACCUCGACAGCUACCCCAACGCCAAGGACAUUGUCUUCUGUCAAGAAGAACCGCUCAACGCUGGUAGCUGGAGCUUCAUGCAGCCCCGCAUUGAGACCCUUCUAAACCAGACUGUCCACCACAACAGACGCCAUGUCCUGUACGCCGGUCGUAACCCAAGUGCCAGUGUGGCUACUGGUCUGAAGGCCUCCCAUAUCAAGGAGGAGCAAGAUCUGCUGAACGACGCCUUCACUGUCCAUCAGGAGAAGCUGAAGGGCGAGUAG